CUGAAACCCUAGUUUUGCGACUUCUUUGAGUUGCAGCCUUUUUAAGUUACAAUCGAAGAGAUUAAUCGGCAUAUCUAAAAUUCAAGGAACCUGAAGGUGAAAGAUGGCAGUCGAUUCGAUGCAGAACGCAAACAAUUUACGAUGGGGAGAUAUAGGCGAGGAUCACGUCCUUGAUCUCCUGCAUACGGGUGAUCGGGCCGGACCAGAACGGUAUUCAACUACGAGGGCAAAAGUGUCAAACUCUCGACCAUUGCCCGUCUCCAGAAACGAGUAGCCAACAGACGAGCCGAGGGAGCGACUGAGCUGGCUCAAGUUCGGAGACGCCGCCCAUGAAUUCGCCGGUAGCCGCCACACCGUUCGUUCAGCCGAGGGAUAUUCAUUAGGGCUCCUGUUAGCAAGGCGGACGAAACAAAGCAUCAGGAGUACCAUGUCUCAGUUGGGCAGAGCGGGUGCGGUCCUUAUGGUCUGCAUGUUAUGCCUCUUGAGAGGUGACUACUGGACAAUCGAGAUGCCCUCAGAACGAUCUCUGCCUUUACUUUAACAUCAGAAGCUUCUACAUUCGACUGCGGCUAGAACUGGUACAGGCAAUGCCGCUUAUGUCCCGCCAAGCAUGAGAGCAGGAGCUGACAGAAUCGCCUGUGCUUCAGACAUGAGGAGGAACGAUGACAACUCUGUACGUGUGACAACUUGCCUGAAGACGCCCAUGAACCGGAUUUGAUGGAGUUGUUCUACCUUAUUUUUAGUGUAUUGUAUUGAUGUUUGUCGCUGACUAAGCACGUUUGUUAUUUGCUAAAUUAAUAGAUCUCUUGUCCUCCAAGAAGUCGAGAAAUAUGGAAUGCAGUAUAUUUUAAGUGUAUGAUUUACAUGUAUGAAAAUCUUUUUAUAAAGAUAAAUCCUCCAAUUUAUUAAAUUUUGAAAAAAUUGUUGGCUGCGUUACACAAAAGUAUUAAAAGGGUUUUCGAUCUUCCGUCACCGGUUUACUCACAAAGUCACAUCCACAUUCGCAGUCGAGAAUUCCCGGGAAAAUAAUAGAAACUUGUACCCAAACCAAAAUCAGUGUUAUGCUUCUGAGAAUCCGAAGCUAGAUGAAGCUCUUCGUCGGCGUCCAUCCGCUCAGAAACUCCACCUUCUUCAAGAUCUCCGCCUUUGUUUUGAUCUCCGUUGCUUGCUUCUUCCUCGGCAAGCACUGGUCUGAGGAUGGCUUCCGUCGCCUCAUAUUCUUCUCCACCGAGCCUUCUCGAACCCCUAUUGUUGCUCUCUCUCCUGAUUUCGGAAAAACCUAUAACAUCUCCGACUUGAUCUACCGGAGCCACCCGAUUCCGCCUCCGCCUCUGACACCACCGCCUCCGCCAAGUACGGUUGACCUGAAGGUGUUUGGGAUUGUCAAUGAGAACGGAACAAUGUCCGAUGAGUUCCAGAUUGGGGAUUACGACGCUGAGUCGUCGGCGACGUUGGGGAAUCAAACGGAAUCCGAGAGUGGCGACGGUGACACCGAGCCUACCACGGCCAGAGUAAGUGUGAGGAGUUUCGAGAUUUGUCCGGAGAAUAUGACGGAUCACAUUCCCUGUUUGGAUAACGUAGAAGCCAUCAAAAGGCUCAAUUCGACAACGCGUGGAGAACGAUUCCAGCGGAAUUGCCCCAAAGAAGGAAUGGGAUUGAAUUGCACCGUCCCGAUUCCCAGCGGAUACCGUCCUCCGAUUCCGUGGCCGAGAAGCCGUGAUGAGGUGUGGUUCAACAAUGUUCCACAUACUCGACUUGUUGAAGACAAAGGUGGUCAAAACUGGAUUUUCAAAGAGAAUGACAAAUUCAAGUUUCCUGGUGGAGGAACCCAGUUUAUACACGGGGCUGAUAAGUACUUGGAUCAGAUCUCCCAGAUGAUUCCUGAUAUCGGUUUUGGUAAACGUACACGAGUCGUUCUUGACAUUGGAUGCGGUGUGGCAAGUUUUGGUGCUUACUUAAUGUCACGAGAUGUCUUGACUAUGUCUAUAGCUCCAAAAGAUGUUCACGAGAACCAGAUACAGUUUGCUCUUGAGCGUGGUGUUCCUGCAAUGGUGGCGGCAUUCACGACAAGGCGAUUGUUGUACCCAAGCCAAGCUUUUGAUUUGGUUCAUUGUUCAAGAUGUAGAAUCAACUGGACUCGUGAUGAUGGAAUCUUGCUCCUUGAAGUCAAUAGGAUGCUUCGUGCCGGAGGAUAUUUUGUUUGGGCAGCACAACCUGUGUAUAAGCAUGAAAAGGCUUUGGAGGAACAGUGGGAAGAGAUGCUAAACCUUACCACUAGGCUGUGCUGGGUUCUUGUGAAGAAGGAAGGAUAUAUAGCUAUUUGGCAGAAGCCUACAAAUAACACGUGUUAUCUAAGUCGUGAUGCGGGAAUCAUGCCUCCUUUGUGCAAUUCUGAGGAUGACCCAGAUAAUGUUUGGUACGUAGAUCUAAAGGCAUGCAUCACUAGGAUUGAAGAUCAUGGAUAUGGAGCAAAUCUUGCUCCUUGGCCAGCCCGUCUACAGACCCCACCAGAUAGGCUGCAGACAGUACAAAUUGAUUCUUACAUAGCACGAAAAGAGCUCUUCAUAGCUGAAUCAAAGUACUGGAAAGAGAUCAUCUCGAACUAUGUAGAUGCCUUGCACUGGAAGGAGAUAGGACUCAGAAAUGUAUUGGACAUGAGAGCUGGAUUUGGCGGAUUUGCAGUUGCAUUAGCUGAGCUAAAGGUGGAUUGCUGGGUUCUCAACGUUGUUCCAGCCAGUGGACCAAAUACAUUGCCUGUUAUAUAUGACCGUGGACUACUAGGAGUAAUGCACGAUUGGUGUGAACCGUUGGAUACUUACCCAAGAACCUAUGAUUUGCUGCAUGCCGCGGGUCUAUUUUCCAUCGAAAGAAGAAGGUGCAACAUGACAACAGUGAUGCUGGAGAUGGACCGGAUCUUGAGACCUGGAGGGCGUGUAUACAUAAGGGAUACUAUCAAUGUGAUGAGUGAGCUUCAAGAGAUUGGAAAUGCAUUGAGGUGGUCUACGACCUUACGUGAAACUGCUGAAGGACCUCACGCAAGUUACAGGGUCCUCUUAUGCGAAAAGCAGUUUGAAUCGUCAGUUGAAAAACAUCAUACCAAGAAGAAGAGGAAGGCUAAAGGAAAUAGAGCUUGACAUUAUCAUAGUAUAAAUACAAGGGUUGGGAUACAAUUGUUGGGGGGGUUCUUUGAUCAAUGGUUAGUUUAGUUGUGAGGAUUUUGUAAUUUGG